AUCAUUGAUCAACAUUAAACGAAUAAUAAACAUCUUGGAGAAGAAGCGAUCCUCGAUCGAAACAGUCCUGCUCUAUAUACACACAGUUUCUUCUAAAACCCUCCUCGUACCAAACUUCAAUUUCUCCCUCACACACAAACGCACACCCAAUUUCUCAUGGAUAUUGACUUCCCUCAGUAUAGCUUGAGCUCGCAACUUCGAGGCCACGAAGACGAUGUCCGUGGUAUAUGUAUAUGUGGUGAUGUCGGCAUAGCAACUUCAUCAAGGGAUCGAACUAUAAGGUUCUGGACAUUAAAUCCGUCAAACAAUCGUGACUAUAUUUUGUCGAAAAUAUUGCUGGGGCACACUAGUUUUGUUGUUCCAUUGGCAUGGAUUUCACCAACGGAAGAAUUUCCUGAAGGUAGAAUUGUAUCUGGUGGCAUGGACAAGCUGGUUUUUGUUUGGAAUUUGGUGAAUGCAGAAAAACUUCAGACACUAAAGGGUCAUCAGCAACAAGUGACAGGCAUUGCAUUGGAAGGCUCAGAUAUUAUAUCAGCGUCUGUUGACUGUACAUUAAGACGGUGGAGAGGGGGGCAACAAGUUGAGGUCUGGGAGGCUCACAGCACAGCCAUCCAAGCAGUUAUGAAGCUUCCAUCAGGAGAACUGAUAACAGGUUCUAGUGACACAACGGCGAAGCUUUGGAAUGGAAAGACAUGUUUACAUACCUUUUCUGGGCAUUCAGAUACUGUUAGAAGCUUGGCCGUGAUGCCUGGGUUGGGAUUUCUUUCUGCAUCACAUGAUAGUUCCAUCAGACUAUGGGCUCUUAGUGGUGAAGUUUUGUUGGAGAUGGUUGGUCACACUUCUAUUGUCUAUUCUGUUGAUGCACAUGUGUCUGGCCUUAUUGUCAGUGGCAGUGAGGAUUGUUCUGCAAAAAUAUGGAAAGAUGGAGUUUGUUUGCAAAGCAUAGAACACCCAGGCUGUGUUUGGGAUGCCAAAUUUCUGGGAAACGGUGAUAUUGUGACCGCAUGUUCUGAUGGGGUUGUCCGUGUCUGGACAGUUCAUCAUGAUAGAAUUGCUGAUCCUCAAGAAGCUGAGUUGUAUGCAUCUCUACUUUCUGAGUACAAGUGCAGUAGGAAGAAAGUUGGAGGCUUAAAACUGAAUGAAUUACCAGGCCUUGAGGCUCUACAAACACCAGGAACCAGUGACGGGCAAACAAAAGUUGUGAGAGAAGGUGACAGUGGUGUCGCAUAUGCAUGGAAUAUGAUUGAAAAUAAAUGGGAUAAGAUUGGGGAAGUUGUUGAUGGACCUGAUGAUAGCAUGAAACGUCCUGUUCUUAAUGGAAAGGAAUAUGACUAUGUCUUUGAUGUUGAUAUUGGAGAUGGUGAACCUAUUCGUAAAUUGCCCUAUAAUCGUUCAGAUAGUCCAUAUGACACGGCUGACAAGUGGCUUCUCAAGGAGAAUCUGCCCCUUUCCUAUCGCCAACAAAUUGUAGAGUUUAUUCUACAAAAUUCCGGGCAAAAGAAUUUUACUUUUGAUUCAUCAUUUCGUGAUCCCUUCACUGGCUCCAGUGCUUAUGUUCCUGGAGGACCUUCAAAUGUGUCUGCUGUCUCGGCCAAACCUACUUUUAAGCACAUUCCAAAGAAAGGGAUGUUGGUCUUUGAUGCAGCACAAUUUGAUGGGAUCCUGAAGAAAAUUUCAGAGUUCAACAGUUCUCUUAUUUCUGACCUGGAAAGAAAGAAUUUAGCUUUGACUGAGUUAGAGAUAUCAAGGUUGGCAGCAAUAGCCAAAAUUUUGAAGGACACAUCACACUAUCACAGCAGUAAAUUUUCAGAUGUUGACAUUGCUUUGCUGUUACAAUUGCUGAAAUCAUGGCCCGUUGAGAUGAUGUUUCCUGUGAUUGAUAUUGUGAGGAUGAUUGUCCUUCAUCCUGAUGGGGCAACUAUACUUCUCAAACAUGUUACAGAAGCAAAUGAUACACUCUUGGAUACGCUUCGGAAGGUUACUACGAAUCCUCUGCCUGCGAAUCUUUUGACCAGCAUUCGUGCUGUGACUAAUCUCUUUAGGAAUUCAUGCUACUAUCCGUGGUUGCAAAAGCAUCGGGGUGAGAUCCUAGAUGCGUUCUCAAGUUUCUAUUCAUCAUCAAACAAGAAUGUGCAGUUAUCUUACUCCACAUUAAUACUCAACUAUGCUGUUCUUUUAAUUGAAAAGAAAGAUGAAGAAGGCCAAUCUCAAGUUCUUUCAGCUGCCCUACAGAUUGCCGAAGAAGAAAAUCUUGAAGUAGAUACAAAGUUCCGAGCUUUAGUUGCCAUUGGAUCUCUGAUGCUCGAUGGACUCGUGAAACAAAUAGCCUUGGACUUUGAUGUUGAGAAUGUUGCAAAAUUGGCAAAGGCAUCAAAAGAGCCGAAAGUAGCUGAAAUUGGAGCUGACAUUGAGCUUACCGUAAAACAGAGUUGAACCUACUACUGCUAACUGUCUUACUGUUCUUUCAACUAGUUACGCAAUGAAUUUUCCGUAGGAUAGUGGAAUUUGAAGAGGAGCCCAGGAAGCCUAAACAAAUGUAAAUUACAUUAUGUAAUGUACAAUAUAAUUGUACUAAUACAUCAGAGGCAGGGUUUUGGACCUGAUGAAUGUCAGUUGUACUUCAUUCCUGUUCUGCAUAUGGAAUCUUUAUUAUAUCAAUUUGAUGGGGAAAGGAGGGUGUAAUUUGGUCUUUGCCGUAAA